AUGAUAGCUGAAGCUGAGCCUCAAACAUAUAAAGAGGCAAUAUCAAGUCCAGAAGCUCCAUUUUGGAAAGAAGCAAUCAAUAGUGAGGUUGAAUCCAUUAUGCAAAAUCAUACAUGGGAAUUGGUUGAUAUACCACCUGGUAAUAGACCAAUUGGAUACAAAUGGAUCUUUAAGAAGAAAUUAAAAGCAGAUGGUACAAUUGAUAAGUAUAAGGCUCGGUUGGUAGCCAAAGGAUACCGUCAAAAGGAAGGCUUAGAUUUCUUUGACACAUACUCACCUGUGACAAGAAUAACAUCAAUAAGGAUGUUGAUUGCUAUAGCGUCAAUUUAUGACAUGGAAAUACAUCAAAUGGAUGUAAAAAACCGCUUUCUUAAAUGGAGAGUUGGAUGA